AGCAACAGGUGUAAGAAGAGAAAUCCACGGCGAAAUACCUUCAUAUAUUCUGAGCCACCAACUUUCCUCAACAAAUGGAUGGAAUGAACGUGGACGGCGUAAGCAAGGACACGAGGGAGAUGAAUCAACUCGACGUCCAGCAUCCGAGCCUGGGGCGGGGGGAACAGCGCGAGUACCCACCAGCUUUGGCACUCAUGGCCAGCAGUGACCCACGCGCCUGGCUGGCUCCCGUGCAGGCUGGCACCUGCGCGGCACACUCCGAAUACCUGCUGCACUCGCCCGGCUCGAGCGCGGAAGGCGUGUCCUCAGGCUCGAGCCACAGCUCAAACUUCAGGAAGAGCAGCAAGAGUCCUGUCAAAGUACGCGAGCUGUGCCGGCUAAAGGGGGUCGUGGGAGCAGAUGAGGGCAGACAGCGUGCCCCGUCCAGUAAAUCAACCAACGGUGUGCAGAAACAGAGGCGAGUUGCUGCCAAUGCUCGGGAGAGGCGAAGGAUGCACGGACUGAACCACGCUUUCGACGCGCUGCGCAGUGUCAUCCCCGCCUUCGACAAUGACAAGAAGCUCUCCAAAUAUGACACUCUACAGAUGGCUCAGAUCUACAUCAACGCCCUGUCCGACUUGCUCCAGGGCCCCGGUGCUAAAGUUGACCCGCCAAAUUGCGAAUUGAUGUCUGCCAAUGUUUUCGAAGAGGACCACUCACCCCGAGGAUCGCCGGACGUCUGUCGGCGAGGCGCGGGUGCAGGUUUCCCCGUUCAGCUGUCGGGUAUACCUUAUCAGUUUGAGGACGAAGCGUUCGCCUCUUUCAUGGAGCAGGAGAUUCAGUCUCCCUCUGGAGCCAGCAAAUCCGGUUCGGACGGCAAUAAAGACUCGCCCAGGUCGAACCGAAGCGACGGAGAGUUUUCCCCGCACUCGCACUUCAGCGACUCGGACGAAACGCACUUGGAGUUGCAGAGCGAGGACGAGCUCUCUGAACUGAAACUGCCCAACCACCGCGCUUUUUAGAGAUACUAACCUACACCCUCCAUCAAUCGUGUCAAUCGUUUAUUUUGCCUUUGCCCAAUAUGUCCAUUGUAAUGGGUAGCUUUAUUUAUCCAUUUGAUUGGUUUCAGAACUUUGUUUUAUGUUGUUGCAUCCGACAACUGUACGCCAAUAGAAUUAUAAUUGCCUUUUCGUGACAUUGACCAGACCCCUAUGCCAUGUGAACUGCCGCGAGCUGCAGUGCCAUGGGCUCAAAUGUCAUGCGUGAAACUGUCUUCCGUGAAAUAUUUUGACACUGUUUAUUCAUAAGUGAUUGUCAUGAGCCUAUUUCAUAUAGCCUAGAUACGAUUGAUGGUCUUGAUUUUGAACCCUGUAAGAUUUUGCAACUUCUAAAGUUUACAUGCACUUUAUAACGGGCCAUAGGCUUGAGAAAUAUUUUGUUUUGUCAUGGAAUAAGAAUUGUUGUGUUUAUGUAGAAGUAAUGCC